CGACCAAAACUCGAGAGCUGUACAUUUAUGUUGUGAGUGUGGUAAGAACAUGUGUAACACAUGCCUUGAGAAUCAUAACAAAUGGCAGCCUCAUGUCAAACAUAGAGUUGUGAGAGUAGAAGACGUCAGAGAGGGAAGGGUGGUCCUCGAAAAAGAGGUUUACUGCCAGGAACACAUAGCAGAAAAGCAAAAACACAUCUGUACUGAUGUGUGUAUCACUUGUAAGAAGUUCAUCUGCUUGAGAUGUCGAAUGUUGAACCAUGACAAGAAAGGACACAUUGUUCAAGAUGCUGAGGAAUACAAUGCUUCUACCAAGACACAAAUUGAAUCUCUACAAGCCCAGGGUAAGACGAAAGCUACAACAAUCAAGAAUCACGUGACCUGCAUCAAGAAUCAGAAAAAGCGUGUCACUGAUCACAUUGCCGGCAAAAGGGUUGAAAUCGAGAGGAAGUAUCAAGAAUCACUCAAGAAAUUAAACGAGAGAAAAGCAGCAUUAGACCAGCAGUUGGAUACUCAGGAAGUGAUAUUGUGUAAAAGAUUGGAUGAGAUGAAGGAUGUUGAUGAGAGGUUGAUUACGAGUAUUGAGAGUGCAAGCGCGUUAGCGGGUAAUAGCAUGAAGGCUCCAUUAGGAGGUGACAUCAUUUUUAUUCGUGAUACAUUGUCUGGUGAGCUGAAGAAUGUACUAGACAGGGAUGAUCCAGAGAAGAAGAUGGCUACGAAUGUAGCUGACCGUGCAGAGCAACUGAUAUUCACACCUAUCAAUCAAGGUGAACAGUUGAACAUCGGUGAGGUGAGGUUCAUGAAAUGUGAGUUGGAAUGUGAUGUAGAACUCUUUAAGAAAGGCCACAUGAAUGGCAUGGCUGCUACACCCGAUGGUAGGAUGGCAGUAGGAUACUACACAGGAGGCAUCGAUAUCUUCUCUGCUGAUGGUCAGCUGCAGAAAACAGUCCUCAAGGAUGUCAGUAUCCGUGAAGUAGGAUACCUGUCUGAUGGUCGACAUGUCGUUCUUAAUGGCAGAGAUAACAUCACACUGUACACACAGGAGUAUGUGAAGCUGGAUCUAACAUUUGAUACUCUAAGUAAAGAUAAAGGUGGGACCCGUAGUCUCACUGUAAACAGUAAUAAUCUGAUCUAUGUUGGGUACUGGAAAGCCAAGAAGAUCCAAGUGUUCUCACCAACAGGUGGGAAGGCGAUCAGGGAGAUACCAUACGAUGGGUACAUACCUCAUCAGAUUACCAGUUAUAAUGACGUAUUAAUCAUCAGAUAUGGUAAUACAGCAAUGAUAAUUGACAAAGAUGGCAAUGUGAAACACAAGGUAGAGAAAUCGGGACUAACGGCAUACGCUGCUGUAACUCAGAAUAAUUCAAUCCUGAUCGCUUGGGUCAAGCAUGAUGAUGGGUUGGUUAGUAUAGAUGAGUACACCAGCGAGCUCAAACACGUCCAGACUCUCAUCUCUGAUCACAAGAUUGAGAAGCCUAAGACAAACUGGUACUAUCUCCGCGAGUUCCGAUCAGGAGAGAUUGCUUUCUGUACUACUGAUAGACUCUAUAUAUUCAAACUAACCACCACACCAAGCAGUCCAUGA